AUGGAUGCUCUUCAACAGACAUAUAGCGUCGUCGCCGAGCGAUGGGUGUCCUUUACAACCGCCCUUGUCUUCUUGUUCAUGAUCUUGGUCGUCCCCAACGCGUUGCAUCAUGCGCGACUGUCGGCCAUUCCGCUUGUGGGAGGGGAGGUUGGCAGCCUCGAGAAGAGGAGACAGGCGUAUUUGACUAGUUCCAGAGCAUUGUACAAUCAGGGCUAUCGACUGUUCAAAGACGGGCUUUUCAGGAUCACGACCUCGAGGAAGUCCCCAGUCGUCGUUCUAUCCAGCAAGUUCUUGCCGCAGCUGAAGAAACUACCCGAUUCAAUCAUAAGUGUGAAUGCUGCCAUCAAUGAGAUGAUGGAAGGCAAAUAUACGGGGAUUGAUGCGGACCUUCCCAUCAUUCCGGCCACGAUCAAGGCGCAGUUGACCCCGGCGCUCACACGGCUGAAUGCCACCAUCUCGCAGGAAGUCGGGGAAGCGCUCGCACUCGAGAUGCCGGCCGCCGAGGACUGGACGGAAGUCAACAUCAACCGGAUCCUGAUGCGGGUCGUGGCCAUGGUCUCGGGCCGCGUCUUCAUCGGGUCUGAGCUCUGCCGCAACGAAGAGUAUCUGACUGCGGCUAUCAACUACACCAUCGAAGUCAUGACGGCCCACCGAGCCGUACAGGGGACUCGGCCGUGGUUGCGCCCGUUCUUGGCGCGGCGGCUGCCCGAGGUGAAGCAGGUGCAGCGGCGGAUAAGAGAAGCCGAUGCGUUCCUCAGGCCCGUCGUGGAGCAGAGGAGGAUGGCGGCCGAGGAUGAGUCGUAUGAGAAGCCGGACGACAUGCUGCAGUGGUUCAUUGAUGCCCGGGGCAAGUUCACCCGCGAAUCAAGCCAGGACCUUGCCAAAAUUCAGCUCCUCUUGAGCUUUGCCGCCAUCCACACGACGACUUUGACGGCUACCAAUGUGUUCUACGACAUUGCUUCCUUGCCGGACUUUGCCUCGCAAGUCUGCGACGAGAUUCGAGAGGCUCUGGCGAGCAACGGCGGGGCGUUUACGAGCAACGCGCUUCAGUCGAUGAAGAUGCUGGACAGCGCUCUCAAGGAGACGCUGCGUUUGCAUCCGCCGGGACUGGCAACAGCCUCGUUCCAGCGCAAGGUCCUCCAGUCGUUUACACUGUCCAACGGACAGGUGGUACCGGAGGGCGUCAUAAUUGAGAUUCCGACCGUGGCCAUCAACUCGGACACGACGGUGUUUCCCGACGCUGACCAGUUCGACCCGCUACGCUUCUACAAGCUGCGGAAGAAGGCGCGGGACGAGGGAUCCGUCGAGGCAGCAGCGCUGAACCAGUUUGUGAGCAUCAGCCCGAGCAGCCUGACGUUUGGCUACGGGCGGCACGCGUGCCCGGGGCGCUUCUUUGCGGCCAACGAGAUGAAGAUGAUUGUGGCGCAGGCGCUGCUCAAGUACGAUUUUCGGCUGUCCGAGGGCAGCUGUGAGCGGUACCCCAACAUUGAGUUUGCGGGCAUGUCGCUCCCUGACGCAUCGAAGCGGUUGCUAUGUCGGUUCAAGGAUCAUGGACGGGGAGCAGAGGUGGAUUCGGGGCGUAUUGUUGGGGCGAGCUUAACCUUGUAA